AUGACUUCUCCGGGAGGUCUGAAUCUCCCAAUAGUUUCGAACAAUUUUGCCUGCAAUAAUUCCCCGAUGAAUGACUACACAAAGACUGGUGCGGGCUUGGCUGGCGGUAACGGAGCAGAUUCUGCUUUUGUGGAGGAACGAGAAGUUGCUAUACCCAACACCACAGCUAUCUCAAACCCUAAUGAUUCGGAUGUGGGGGCUGAUAACAUGCCCAAAUCCAAAUCGUAUGCUGAUAUCACGAUGAACAGGCCACCGAGACGUCCCGACCUACCUGCUCAUCGGUUUCACUCAUUACGUCCCACCAAAGAGGGAGAGCAGUUCUCCUUAAAAGUUCCACAGCACCUAUAUGCGCAAGAAGUCAGUAAGGAAUUCUCUCAUGCUAUUAUUGGUCGUCUUUUCCUUCGUAAAGGAGACAAACCUCAACCUGCAUUGCUUCUCAAGGCAGAACUUCACAAAAUUUGGAAAUUAGAAUCUGAGUGGCAACUUAUUCCUCUUGGGAAAGGGUAUUAUACGCUGGUUUUCCGGACUCCUGAAGACAAAACUCGUGCUAAAGCUAAGCCGGUCUGGGAAUUAUCUUGUGGUCAUGUACGUCUUCGAGAAUGGUCCAAACACUUUGAUCCAUUUAAAGAGAAUUCUUCCAUGGCGAAUGUAUGGGUGAGGAUACAUUAUUUGCCAAUUGAGUAUUGGCAUCCUGAGAUUCUAGCCGGGAUUGGGCGGUACAUUGGUCAUCCUAUUAAAAUUGACGGAGCCUCGGCCCGUCGUGAUUUUGGGCAGUUCGCGCACCUUCUUAUUGAGUUAGAUAUGUCCAAAUCCUUUCCUACUACUCUCUUAAUUGAUAACGAUUCUUUUUCGUUCUAUGUUGAAUUCACGUAUGAGAAUUUACCUUUCUAUUGCUCAAAAUGUAAACUUACAGGACAUCCCAUCGAAAAGUGUCGGAAAAUCUCCGUUAAGAAGACGGUUGUGGAAGAGGAUGUUCAAGAUAGAAGUCAAAUGCCUUUGGUUAAAAAUGGGAAACAGUGGCAACCUAUCUCUGGUGAUGCUAGAGACGAGAGAGAACAUGAGCAGGAGACAGCCAAGGGAGAUAGGCCGGUUGAGGUGGGUUCGAGAAGCGACAUACAGUUAAGCUUGCCGGUUUCGGCGUCGAACAACAGUUUUGCCCUGUUGGCUAACGAAGGCACUGAUUUGCUUGAAGAACCGGAGCAGCAGCGGCGGGUACCUCUUUCUAGGGGUAAAUCUUUGGAUGAUUCCAAUUCUGCUGAACACUACGGCCCUGAUAGGUUGGCCGAGUGUCUAAAACCUUGUAAAAACUCGGUGUUUGAUCAGCCAGUCAACAUUUCUGCGAUCAAUGAUGGACAUAUCUCGGAGGAGGUUUCGGAUGAGGAUGAAGAAGUGAACUAUGACAGCAGUGGGAAGUACGUUUCCACAACGGAUGAUAUUGCUGUUAAUAAUGCCUUGAAAGCUCAAAGACUUGAGCAGAUUUUGGCGAUAGCUAAAGCGCCCAUGCCAGAAACAGUUGCUCCUGCUAAGCGACGAGGAAGACCAUCCAAACAGGACCAAGCUGCUAGGGCAGCGGAGAACACAGCAAACAGGCCAGCGGACACAAGCAUUAAAAGUAGACUUCGUAACACGGGGGAUACGUCGCGUACUUUUGUGAUUGAUACAAGUAAUAGAGACAGCGCUCUAGCCAUGGAGAGCGUCGCCAAAGAGAGCUGGGCGGAAGAGGUGGUUGUGGUGGACUGCCUGUGGCAUAGUUAUGAUUUUCGUAUUGCUUUUGUUCAUGGUUCGAAUGACCAAAAUGACCGCCGUGAUCUCUGGCAUGAUCUUCUUCGUUUCGUUUCUGGAAAAAUGGUUUUCAUGGGCGAUUUUAAUGCGGUGAAAGGUGCUCAUGAGCGUCUGAGUUUAGCUUCGCCACAUAGAGGUUCUUGUGAGGAGUUUUGUGAUUUUAUUGAUGACUCUGGCUUUAUUGAAUCCCCUACGGAGGGGCUUCGAUUCACUUGGUCGGGACGUAGAUUUUUACCACACCAUGUGGAAUCUGUUUUAGAUCGUGCUUUGUUUUCGCAGGGUUUUGCUGAUCUCUGGUCGUCGUUGGUUACUGCUGUCCUGCCUCGCCUCACUUCGGAUCACUCUCCGUUGGUGUUGCAAUGCAAAUUGACAAACCCUACUGGUCGGAGGCCUUUCCGUUUUCUUAAUAUGUGGACCUUGCAUCCGACCUUUCAGGAGCUGGUGGCGACAUCUUGGAGGGAGAUUGUCAGCACACGCUGCCCGAUUUUAUGUGUUAUGUUGAAAUUGAAAAGGCUUCGUAAGGAGAUUGGGGUUUGGAAUAAAGAGGUUUUUGGCAAUGUGGAUUCCUCCAUUUCUUCUCUCAUGAAACAGCUUGAGACUACUCAGGGGAAGAUUUCUGCUUCUGGAUAUACGAACGAUCUCUUUGAUGAGGAGGUUAGUUUUCAGGCAAAGCUAAAUGUAUCGUUGACACAUAAGAACUGUUUGCUUCAACAAAAAAGCCGUGCGAACUGGCUUCGGGAUGGAGACAGGAAUACUGAGUUUUUUCACCGUUUGACCAAGUUCAAGAAACGGAAUGCGCCUUUCACUCGCCUCAAGAUUGAUGGUAGAGAGACUUAUGAUGCCACUAUUAUUGAGAAUCAUAUUAUUGACCACUUUACGUCUCUUUUCGCUGAUGAUGGUCGACCUUCUGGAGAUCAGUUAGAGAUUGAUGCGCUUUUCCAGUCGGGGGUGUCUGAUGAUCAGAAUGCGCGGUUGGUGAGUAUACCCGAUGAGAGUGAAAUUGCGGCGACGGUUUUUAAUAUGGAUGCUUCAAGUGCUCCUGGCCCUGAUGGUUUCUCUGGUAACUUCUUUCAAAGUUGCUGGGAUGUGAUUAAAGCGGAUGUCAUUGCGGCUGUUCAGAAUUUCUUUCGCCAUUCUUAUUUACCUUCUGGGUGUAAUUCCAGUACGAUGAUUUUGAUUCCCAAGAAGGAUUCAGUCGACACUGUUGCUGAUCUUCGCCCGAUUGUCCUUUCGAAUUUCUUAUUCAAGAUUAUCUCGAAGAUUCUUGCCUCUCGUCUUGGCGUGGUGGCUGCGUCUCAUGUUUCUGACAAUCAAUUUGGCUUUAUUAGCGGGCGUAAUAUUCAUGAUUGCAUCAUGCUCAGCUCGGAAGGUUUCAACUGUAUGAAACGCACGGACAGGGGACGUAAUAUGGCUUGUAAAGUUGACAUCCGGAAAGCCUUUGAUACUAUUCGAUGGGAUUUUAUCUUGCAAGUUUUGCGAGCUAAUCACUAUCAUGAGAAAUUCAUUUACUGGAUUUCAAUUAUUUUCAGCUCGGCGAGGCUCUCUAUUCUCUAUAAUGGUCAGCUGCGGGGAUAUUUUGCUUGUUCUCGCGGAGUGCGUCAGGGAGAUCCCCUUUCUCCGAUUCUCUUUGGAAUUGCGGAGGAUAUCUUGAGUCGGCUUUUUAGCAGCUGCGUUGAUUCUGGGCAUCUAGAACCUAUGCGCUAUAGUCGAACUUUUCAGUUCCCUACUCACUUGUUCUAUGCGGAUGACGUUAUGAUCUUUUGUAAAGCUACGGUUCGGAAUGCUAGAAAAAUUCAUCAGAUCUUUUCGUACUAUGACUCUCUUUCGGGUCAGCAGUGUAGUCUGGAGAAGUCUUGCAUUUACUUUGGUUCGGGAGUUCUCAAUGACAGGAAAAGUGCUAUUCAUCGUGAGCUCAGUUUCACUACCGGGAACCUUCCUUUCAAUUACUUGGGAGUUCUGAUUUUCGUUGGGCGUCCGAGAGCUUCUUUCUUUCAGGCAAUUCAUGAUAGGAUUGUCCAGAAGUUUGCUCGAUGGAAAGGUCGACAUCUUUCUAUGGCUGGGAGGCUUUGUUUAGUCAAGUCGGUUAUUCAGAGUUCGAUUGUUCACUCCAUGAUGGUUUACAAAUGGCCAAAAUCGUUACUGCACUCCCUUGAUAGGAAAUGUCGUAAUUUCGUUUGGUCGGGAAAUAUUGAUAAACGGCCCAGCUGUGCUGUUAGUUGGGGUAGAGUCUGCUCCCCCUUGAAAGAAGGCGGCCUCGGCAUUAGAUCUUUUACGUUAAUGAACAAAUCUUAUUUGAUGAAGCUGGCUUGGAAGUUAAUUCAGGGAACUGUUUGGGCGCAUUCCAUUCUGAGAUCGAGAUAUCUAAACAAUUUUGGGGUUGCAAAGGAUUCGGUGUCGAACUCUUCUGUUUGGAUUGGGAUGAAAGAAGAAGUCAAUCAGUUGGUGGAUGAUUCUUAUAUUCAGAGCAAGAAGGGCAGUGGUAAGAGGUUGAAGUCUAGAUUUGAGAUAGAGGCCGAGAAAGCAAAGAAACCCAAGAGGUUGUGCAAAAAGUGUGGUCGUCGUGCUCGACAUGAUUCGCGCAAUUGUGGCAAGGUUGUUGAAGAAGAUAGUGAAGAGGACUGA